AAGUUCUUAAAUCGGAUGAUAUUGAUAAAAAAAAUUACAAAAUUUGUUCUCUUCUUUAUAUAUAUAUAUAUAUAUAUAUAUAUAAUUCAGUUGUGUACAUAUGAAUCCCAAGAUUUGAGCUUCCACAGCCACCCACCACACGCCUUCCCUUUUUCUGCUUUUGGUGCCGAUUUGGCAGCGAAGAUAGACUACGAAGAUACCUGCGAGGGAAGCAUGGCGGAGUCCAGCGGUGGCGCACCGCCGGCGAAGGUCAUUUUCGGCAAGUACGAGCUGGGCCGUGUCCUGGGCCGAGGCGCCUCCGCCAAAGUCUACUACGCGCGCGACAUCUCCUCCGGCCGCAGCGUGGCCAUCAAGGUCUUCCCGAAACCCAGCCGGCCCUCCAGCUCCGGUUCCGCCUCCUCCUCCUCCUCUGACUCCUUCAUCCGCGAGAUCUCCGCCCUCCGCCUCCUCCGCCACCCGCACAUCGUCCGCCUCCACGAGGUGCUCGCCUCCCGCUCCAGUGUGUACCUCGUCCUCGAGCUCGCCAAGGGCGGCGAGCUCAUCUCCCGCGUCCACGACCGGGGCCGCCUCCCGGACGACCUCUCCCGCCGGCUGUUCCACCAGCUCCUCUCCGCCGUCGCCUACUCCCACUCCCGCGGCGUCUUCCACCGGGACCUCAAGCCCGAGAACCUCCUCCUGGACGACGCUGGGGACCUCAAGGUCUCCGACUUCGGAUUCUCCGCCGUCUCUUCCUUCUCCGAAGAUUACCUCCUCCACACCCAAUGCGGGACGCCGGGGUACGUGGCCCCGGAGAUCCUCCUAUCGAGGAAAGGGACGACGGGGUACGACGGAGCCAAGGCGGACAUCUGGUCGUGCGGCGUCAUCCUCUUCGUGCUCAACGCCGGCUACCUCCCCUUCAACGACCGCAACCUCGUGUCGCUCUACCGCAAGAUCCACCGCGGCCACCACCGCUGCCCCCGUUGGACCCCGCCCGACCUCCGCCGCUUCAUCUCCCGCCUCCUCGACCCCAACCCCGUAACCCGCAUCUCCGUCGACGGCAUCCUCCGCGACCCCUGGUUCGCCCGGGGCGUCGACCCCGAGCAGUUGGCGACCAUGAUGCGACCCCAGGGAAGCGACGCCGGCCUCGAUGACAAGCCCCACCGUCGCCGCGGCGGAGAGCUCAACGCCUUCGACCUCAUAUCCUUCGCAUCCGGGCUCGACCUCUCCGGCCUCUUCGUGGACGCGGCCUGGGACCGGGAGCGGUUCGCGUCGGUCGAGCCGGUGGAUCGGAUACUGGACCGGGUCGAGGAGGUGGGAAGGGAGGAAGGGUUGGUGGUGAGGAGGGAGGGCGAGAAGGGCUCGGCCGCAGUGAUCGAGGGACACAAGGGGGAGUUCGUCCUGACGUUACAAGUUCACCGGUUGACCGGCGGCACGGCGGUGGUAGAGGUGGAGGUGGGCAGUGGAGCGUACGGAAGCUUCUGGAACGAGAAGCUGAGGCCCAUGCUGAGUGGGCCACUUCACGUCGGCGGAUUGGGCUGAUGCUCUUAAUUAUAAUUUGCUAUAAACACAUAAGUAAUUCUUAAUAUAAAUAAUUCAUGGUCAAUUAAUAUAUAAAUAGAUACACAUAUUUAUAUAAAGCAAUAUAUUAUAUUGUGUUUUCUCGACAAAUUCCCUCUCACUACAAACAAUACAAUACAAUACAAUACAAUACAAAUCAAACCAAUUCAGAAUAAAAAGUACAUUUAAUUCGAUGAUGACCCAAAAUCCAACGAUGAAUUAUCAAAGAGAUCAUCCAAUGGUCACAGGACCACAAAUCCAUUUGUAAAAGCGACAGGGCUUCCUUGGAGAGCACAACGAGUGACAUGAAUGAAGCCAUAAACUUUCCAUGAACAGCAGAAUCUGACGAUCCAAGUGCUCGAUGAUUGCAGUCGGUCCAAAGUGAAGGGGGUGGUACUAUUCCUGGUCGGUGGUCUGUCGACACCGAUCGUGGCUAAAAGACGAGCCACUUUUGGCGUCAUGGUGAUCGCCGGAAAGUUAUCAUUGCUUGGAGAAGCAGCUCUCUCUACAGCAACUUACUUGGAAUAUUUCAUGCUUGUGUGGAUGUUACUGUUCGUGAUGAGUGCGUCGGAAUCGCUUCUGCAAGUGACUCAUGGGGACAUGAGGAGCCAUAAGAUGUCUACACGCAACUGUCUUAGCAGAUGUGAUGCGAUGACGCACCAUUGGCUCAUUGGUUAUUGAUAAGUAAUCGGACCCGCUUGUCGGAUUGUUGCAUGCCAGACUCGGAUCGGGUCAGGAUCCGAUUCAUUUGUUAUGGGACCUGUCCUCUUCUUCCCAUCGCGGAAGCAGAAGAAGCGGGUGGAGCGACUUCAAGCUCUCCUCUCCUUCCUCGCGAUGGCGACGGAGCUUUGGGACGAUAAUUACCUCGGGAAUAGGCGAUUUGAUAUGGAGGAAGGGUUUUAUCGUGAUGGCGUCUUGCUCGAUAUGGGUGAUUGUGUUGAAUUCUACGCGAAAUAGAACGCGGAGGCGGGGACGUUUGCUUCGAUGAGGGCAAGAUUUUGAGGUAUCAUCACAUUUUGCCUCUAAAUUUCCGAGUGUCUGAUCUUGACGUAAACGUUCCUUCUCGUCUCUCUGUUGUUGAUUUCCUCCCGGUGGCAGUGAUUGCUAGUAGCAAGAACAAAACGAAGCCCCAAGAGGUGAUUCCUCGCUGGUUCAGCCUGAAACAUUACCUAAUGCAACCCUAGAAAUCUGAACGAUUCAGAUGCCGAACCAGACCAUUCAAAGAAUUAGAAAGUAAAAUACAAGUCUUACAAUGGCCUGACAUAUAAUCGAUUAUUUAGCUGCCAGGCAUCGGAAUGCUAAUAAUCAUCACACCGAUCCUUUGCAAAACCUAAAUCUUUGGUAUAGAUCCAAACCUGGUUCAUGGACUGACCACUCCCGGAUAUAACCCAUUGCUCGAGUGAAAAUUCUGAUUUCAUCCACAUAAACCAUCGGAUAGAUUUCAGCUACCUUCAUGCCAUAGAGACCAAUGUCAGGAAUCUCUUAGAAUGAGAUCACAACUCUAAUAGUGGCGCCGGUGUAGUGCCCCACGUCAUGUAAUGGUUUUAGUCUUAUUUUGUGUGAUCGUAUUGCUUUCAGAUGAUUUAUUUUGGUGAAUCAUUGAGCUAUCAUUUAUUGUUAAAAAUCAUGGCAUAUUGUGAAUGCCUAUUUGACUCAUUAAAUUAGCAUGUAUCACCUUCUUUUAUGGAGAUAUCAUAUUCAUGAUAUUUUCUUAUGA